ACACUUCCAUCUUCCAACACUUCACUGCCCGUAUAAAUCUCUCUCUCUCUCUCUCUCUCUCUCUCUCUCUCUCGCUCGCUCUCUCGGGGUAUAAGAAAGAUGUCAAAGGAAAGCUACGGGAUAUGCUGUUGUUUCCUGCGCAGCUACAAGUUUGGCGCGGCCAAGGCACCGCAAGAGAUCAAGGAGCUCUUCACCCUUUACUCCCACAACGGGAUCAUGAGCGUUGAUCAUUUAUACAGCUUCCUCAAGGAGGUUCAGGGACAAGGUGAAAUUACCUUCCAAGACGUCGAGACUAUUCUUGUUGAGGAAAUUCGCAAGCACCGUCACCUUCAUCCUCGUCAUCGCAAGAAUCUUAAUCUUGAAGCUUUCUUUAACUAUCUUUAUAGUGACGUCAACUCUCCUCUCGCUUCACCUUCAAAGGUACAUCAUGAUAUGGAAGCUCCAGUGUCACAUUAUUUCAUAUAUACUGGGCAUAAUUCAUAUCUAACAGGGAAUCAACUCAGUAGCAAUUGCAGUGAUGUCCCCAUUAUAGAUGCACUGCGGAGAGGUGUAAGGGUGAUUGAACUGGAUAUGUGGCCUAAUUCUACCAAAGACAACAUCGAUGUUCUUCACGGAGGGACGCUGACAAAGCCAGUGGAACUCCUGACAUGUUUAAAAGCUAUCAAAGAACAUGCUUUUGUGACAUCUGAGUAUCCUGUGAUACUAACUCUAGAAGACCAUCUUUCUCCUGAUCUUCAAGCUGUAGUUGCUAAGAUGGUCACAGAAAUAUUUGGAGAUUCACUUUUUACAUCCAAGUCAGAAAGCUUUACAGAAUUUCCAUCCCCAGAAUCAUUGAAGAAACAGAUUAUUAUAUCGACAAAACCACCAAAGGAGUAUCUCGUGAGUAAAAGUGAUGAAGUUGUACAAAAUGAUACUCAGACAGGCAGUAAUUCUUUAGAGGAUAAUGGCUGGGGAACAGAGGUCGAUAUUAAAGCUACAUUUGAAGAUUUAUAUAAGAGGUAUGCGCUAGAGGAUGCAGAAAGUCUUGAUGAGGAUGGUCUAGAAGAUGAGGAUGACAACUUAAAGCAAAAUGCUGAUCCUGAGUACAAAAAUUUGAUAGCAAUCCGUGCAAGAAAGCGUAAAGGAGGAGUCAAGGACUGGUUUCAUGACGAUCCUACUUCAGCAACACGGAUUAGUUUGAAGGAAACAAGCUUGGAAAAUGCUGUUAUAAGUCAUAGAUCAGAUGUGAUCCGGUUUACUAGAAGAAAUUUGCUCAGAAUAUUUCCUAAAGCAGCACGAGUUGAUUCCUCCAACUACAAUCCACUGAUCGGAUGGAUGCACGGAGCACAACUGGUAGCAUUCAAUAUGCAGAGCCAUGGCAGACCACUUUGGCUGAUGCAAGGGUUGUUUCGAGCCAAUGGUGGGUGCGGUUAUGUGAAAAAACCAGAUUUUUUGCUUCAGGAUAGCCAAGACAAUGAGGUUUUUGACCUUCAAAAAGAACUACCAGUAAAACAAACUCUAAAGAUUAAGAUUUUUAUGGGAGAAGGCUGGCAUUUAGAUUUCAAGCACACCCACUUUGACCAAUAUUCCCCACCAGAUUUCUAUGUGAAGGUGGGAAUUGCUGGAGUUCCUGCUGAUUCAAUGAUGACGAAAACAAAGAUAAUUGAAAACGACUGGAUACCGACAUGGAACGAAGAAUUUAAGUUUCCCUUAACAGUUCCAGAGUUGGCAUUACUUCGGAUCGAAGUACACGAGUAUGACAUGUCAGAAAAGGAUGAUUUUGGAGGUCAGACUUGCCUACCUAUUUCAGAAUUGAGAACAGGAAUUCGAGCUGUGCCACUUCAUGACCGGAAGGGAGACAAAUACAAUUCUGUGAAGCUACUAGCCCGUUUUGAAUUUUUUUGAUGAUUCUCAAUUAUUGUUGUUUGAUUGGUUUUGUUUAAUAAACUUUCGUAACAUUGUUGGAGAUUUUUUACAGAUCUAGCACCUUCUUCUGUUCUAUUUUUGUUCGAAUAUAGAAGUUUUACAAUGGAAUCCAUUGCAGUACA